AUGGAGCAGGACGUCGAGCCACACGCUCAUCCCGAACUGAGCAAGCAUAACCGAUCGAUGUGCGAGCUGCCAGAAGAGGUACUGGAGUACAUCCUGUCCUUCCUGUCCCCCUAUCAGGAACACAAGACUGCAGCGCUGGUGUGUAAGCAGUGGUACCGGCUCAUCAAAGGGGUCGCUCAUCAGUGUUAUCACGGAUUUAUUAAAGCAGUCCAAGAUGGGAAUAUCCAAUGGGAGAGCCGAACGUAUCCUUACCCCGGGACCCCCAUCACCCAGCGUUUCUCGCACAGUGCAUGUUACUACGACUCCAACCAGUCCAUGUAUGUGUUCGGCGGCUGCACGCAGAGUAGCUGUAACGCAGCAUUCAAUGACCUGUGGCGGCUGGACCUGAACAGCAAGGAAUGGAUCCGGCCCUUGGCCUCUGGUUCCUACCCCUCCCCCAAGGCAGGGGCCACCCUGGUUGUCUAUAAGGAGCUGCUGGUUCUCUUUGGUGGUUGGACUCGCCCCAGCCCAUACCCAUUACAUCAGCCAGAGCGAUUUUUUGAUGAGAUCCACACGUACUCUCCCCCUCCAAGAACUGGUGGAACUGCAUCGUCACCACGCAUGGUCCUCCGCCCAUGGCCGGCCACUCCUCCUGCGUUAUUGGGGACAAGAUGAUUGUUUUCGGGGGCUCACUUGGGUCUCGGCAGAUGAGCAAUGACGUCUGGGUUCUGGAUAUGGAGCAAUGGUCAUGGUCCAAGCCAGCUAUUUCUGGGCCGUGUCCUUUUCCCCGAGGGGGACAAUCUCAGAUUGUUAUUGACAACGAGACCAUUCUCAUCCUGGGCGGCUGCGGAGGACCCAAUGCUCUCUUUAAGGAUGCCUGGCUUCUCCAUAUGGACACAACCCCUUGGACCUGGCAGCAGCUGAAGGUGGAGAAUGAAGAGCAUGGAGCGCCGGAGCUGUGGUGUCACCCGGCCUGUAGGGUUGGUCAAUGCGUGGUGGUCUUCAGCCAAGCACCCAGCGGCCGUGCACCCCUCAGUCCAAGCUUGAACUCUCGACCGUCUCCGAUCAGCGCCACGCCGCCUGGCCUGGCUCCAGAACCUCGUGAAUACCGCUCGCACUCACCUGUUAGAGCGCCGGAUGAGGCCCCCUGUGUGAACGGCCGUUGGGGAACCCUGAAGCCCCGGGCACAGAGGCAAGCUACCGGUGGAUCACGGGAAGGCAGCCUGUCUCCUGUGCUUAAUGGGGGGAGUGUCUCCCCAGCAGCAUCUCUGGACAUCCCCCUGCAGGUCAUCUCACCCCCUGCCGCUGAGGGCAGUGACCACAAAGCUUCCCAUCCGCUGUCUGCCCGAAGGGGAUCUCUACCAGAGCAGAAGGAGCUGUGUCUCGGGGCGGUGGAAUGCACAUGGAAGCGGGGGGACUUAGAUGUGGAUACUAUGGGUAGAAACCCUCCGGAGCAGAUCAAUGGAGUACACACUCCCCCUCACAUCUCUUCCACCUUAUCUGCCGCCAUCUCACCAGGAGCACUUCGCCGGGGCCUCGAAGCUGUCCGAGCCCUUGCAUCAUCUUCUUCCCCCUCCUCUUCAUCACAUAGCGGGGGAGCUAACCCCGUCAGUCCUCCAACCCUCCCCUCCCCAGGUUCACCCAGCAGUGGAGCCGAAGCAGUAUCUGCCCGUCCGGUCUCAGGCCAGGGCGACGGCCACUCCCUCCCGCCUAUCGCCCGCCGCCUAGGACAUCACCCGCCCCAGUCCCUCAACGUGGGGAAACCCUUAUAUCAAAGCAUGAACUGCAAACCUAUGCAGAUGUACGCACUGGACAUUCAAGACACCCGGGAACGGGGCGGGUAAAAUGGAAGAUUUUCAGCAACAGUUCUGUGGUGGGCCCUCCGGAAACCAGUUUACACACAGUGGUUCAGGGCCGAGGGGAGCUCAUCAUUUUUGGGGGUCUCAUGGACAAAAAACAGAACGUCAAAUAUUACCCCCAAAACCAACGCCUUGUAUUUUGUCCGAGCCAAAAGAUAA